AUGGCUCGAUUCGACUUGGUGAGGGUGGUUCUCGCCGGACUAUCCGCCUUCCUUUUACUACUAUCCAUAAUUUUCAUUAUUUUAUUCGCGACAAAACAAACAAAAAGUUCGGGUUUUAUUACAUCGUUCGAGGGGACUUUCGAUUCUGAUUCGGCAGCUUCAGACGCUCUUGAAAAAGCCUUCAAGGAUGCAAAAUACACCGUCAGGGAUAUUGGAGUGCAAAGGGGACCCAACGGCGUCUACAAGGGUGUUGUCGUUCUAAAGGGCUCGCAGAAGGCAAGCGACGUCCAAAAAGUGUCGGCCGAUGCACUGAAGAAUCUGCAAAUUGGAGGGACUGAUUCUGUGUCGGAUGUAUGCCAGAAAUCGGCUCCGAUCACACCCACCAAGACACCAACAGUGCCAACGGUCGCUACGAAGACGAGCAAACCCCAGGACCCUACCACUGCGGUUCCGGUAUCAUGGUGGUGCCCGGAGGUUGGUCCACGCGACUACAUUUUUGUCGUCGACACGCUAGCGCCGUCAGCGUCUGCCGAUGAGUUGCAAGCGAAAGUUGACGCUCUGAGGGACGCGCUCGAUAACGCCUUGGAGCAAGAUUCCAACCCGCAAAGCCGCUUUGCGCUUAUUGCCACAAACGGGGAAGAUAACGAAACAACAGUGCUCUACAAAUUGGCCCCUCCAGAUCAAACCCUGGACACUGCCCGUACUGCGUUGAUCGCUCUGAUCCAGUCUGCCAACGAGGCCGAGAACUACGACACGAUCCGAUUCAGUGAGGUGACCACGCAAAUUGGUCAGGUAGGCAAGCUGAGUUCAUCUCGACCCGUCUCCAUUAUCCUGAUUGCUGAUCAUCUCGGUGAUGAGAGCCUAAAGCUCCAGUUUUCCAAGCUGCGUCAACAAGGCUACUUUGUGACUGGCGUGCUGAGUGACUUGAUCUUGGACAAUUACGCAGACGUGUUCAGCACUGCCCCUGUGGGCUUUGGCGAGAGCUACAAGGCCUUUAGUUCCGAUCACAUCAAGCAGGCCGUUUGCACAGUGAGCAGCGCCAGCGCUGCCGUUGAAGAGAAAAAUGAAGUAAUACCAGCUUCCGACGCGAUUUUGGAUGACGCAAAACUUGCUGCAUCAAAACCAUUCGCUUGCCUGACCCACGACAUCGUGCUCGUUUUCGAUGAGACCCAAAGUAUCUACAACACCACCGAGGACGACUGGAAGCGUGUCGCGUACCACAUUCUUGACCAGUUCCAAUGGUACGACGAGCGGAACCCUGACGAGGAGGAUGUUUUCACCCGAUUCUCAGUCGUGGUAUUCGGUGGAAUUGGCAAAGGGGGAUACGGAGGAGAAGCUGUUCGCGAUGACCCGGACAAGCCCGAAGACUAUACCACCGAGAUCCUCUUCGGCCUCGAUAAGUACACGACUGCUGCGGGAGCUAAGGCACAAAUCGCCGCGAAUGUUUAUGUCUACAACGGACUUACCAAUAUCACUUCGGCUCUUCGAGCAGUUCAGAAGGUCUUUGACGAUGCCGAACCGUACGCGGCACUCAAUCGGACAUCGAAGAGGGUCGUCAUCACAAUGACUGACGGCUACUUGACCGCCGACGAUCAGAAGAUUACGAAAGCCCAGGCUAAGGUACUCCGCGAUGCUCCCUAUCAGGCCGAUAUGUGGUUUGUACUUGCCGAGAACAACACCCACAACAGCAACUUCCCGGACGCAUACAAAUUCGCUGUCGAGAUGGCCGAUAACAAACCGCAGCGCGUGUUCAACACUUCGAAGCAAGCGCUCGCAGAUAGCGAUAUUGGCUUCGACAACAACUACCAUACCCAGUAUCCCUGCCCGCCGAAGCGCUGCAAGGUCGUCUACUUUGCCUGCGAGAACACCGAGGUGUUGGACCCGAUGUUUAAUCAGCAAUCCAACAUGCUGUGUGUCCAAGAAACGCUGCUAAUGGCCGAGUACAUCAACCAGCAGAUUGCCAACGUCACCUAUCGAUUCUUGUUGUAUUCGUCGAAGGAAUUGACGACUCUAUACCCACCGCAAGGCGAAGACGAUUCGUACGACAAUUUCAAGAAGCAGGUAUCGACCCUCCUCGACCCGGCAGCACUCGACGCCAAGCACGCCGGUUUCACAUAUUUGGCAAACGCGUUGAACGUCAUCGCCACGUCGUUCAGGCAAUACGAGAAGAAGAACCCGCUCGUUGACGGUGCGCUGAUUAUUGCCGGCCAAUAUCAGAAGGGCAAGAUUGAAGACUGGACGUUGGUGAAGGGAGCUGUGGCCAAUCUGCACACGCGUUUCACGAACGUGUUCGUCCUCGAUCGAUCCGACGACUAUCACCGCGAGCCCUACAACAACACAGAUUUUGGCUGGGGUGUCGUCACGGAUCAGACCCAGAUCGACGUUUUCAACGGUAACGCGACGCUGGAUGAGCAAGCACUUGAGAAAAUUGGAGCCAUCAAGGCGAUUAACAAACUCGACUGUGGUCUCCCGCCUGAUGUCUACUGCAAUAAAAUGAUGGAUGUGCAGUUUGCAUUCCACUUUGCUGAUCAUGGAGAUGCGGAUCUUCUCGCUGACCAAAAGCUGGUCGCCGAGCGGCUGGUCAGCCAGUUCAGGGCCCCGUAUCCGGUUCAUCUGGGCGCGUACUUCCUGAGAACCGACAUUGAAGACGUCGAGCUCAGCCUGUCCACCCCCUCAGAUAUCCGUAAUUUGAUCGGAAAUGAUUCUACAUUGACGGCGGCCGAUGAUUUGAACAUUUGGAACGAUGUGCUAAAGGAGCGCUUCUUGGCCAAUGCCGGUUGCGGGCACACUUCCGGCCAGGGUGACCGUCCGAACGUCGACAAUGUACUGGUCAUCGUGUCGAAUGAUUGGACGAAAUGGCAGCAAAAUACAUACACCGACGUCACGCAACAGCUUUCCGGGUGGACGUGCCAGGACUGCGCAAACUACCCCAAGUUCCUGUUUGUCGACUUGAACCCCGGGAAUACGACGCAUCCUGAUGGAAUUACGAAAGAUGGCCCCAACUCGAAUCUGUUCCAAAUCUCGAACUACAACUUUGACCUGCGGGAGCCGCACUCGCAGAUCAACGUCGCCGUCACGAAUAUUUGUGUGCCGUUCAAGAGAUUCUGCUGCACCGAUUUCCCGUGCAACCCGUUCGUCGGCGGCACAUGCCAGAAGCGAACAUUCUCCGCCCUCAUCAGCAGUUAU